GAUAAACCAAUCUCUACAUCCAUGUUUUAUUGUCUUUGUUGUUGUUUACAUGUCUAACACCACGAGCAUCGCGCGUGUCCGCAGCACCUGCUCACUAACAGGGGGUUGGACCCGCGGAGAGAGAGGCGUGAACGGCUGGCUGCAGUCACAGCCGCAGACGUCGCUCGCUGAAGCGCGCAAUCACCGGCGUCGAUCAGUCAACGCAAAUAAAUCAAACACACGGUGACCGACAGAUUUCGGCUUUUUUAAGACGCGAAAACAAGACAUCGUGUCAGGUUUGAGAGGAGUGGAGACGCUGCGUAACGCCGCCACGCGACAACGAGGGGACGUGCGUUUGGCACCGCAGAUAUACAGCAAACUUCAGAGACCGAAGGCGUUUAGGACGAUACUUUCACGUGUUGUAAGAGGAGGACAUGUCUCCGUUUUCUUAUUUAUCUUUGUUAAAGUAAAUCAUUGUGAGUUUUUGCGCGGCCGCCCUCUGUCCGCUGCGCUCUCUUCCCAACCGUGCCAAUGCUGGAAUGGCUGGUGGCUCUGUGCGUUGUGAUCCCAGUGGUGUUGAUGUGGAUCGGUUCCAGGUACCUUGGUACCAAGAGUCCACUCGCGCUGCUCCAGAGAUUGUGGACUCCACGGGCAGCCGAGCACCAGAGCGAGAGAACUCGCACCGUGGAACUGAUCUGCAAACCGUCCGCUCUGGCCAACUAUCUCCUCAAACACUGCAGGACUUUCACCAAUUACUCGCCCUGUGUCGGUUGGACCUGGAGGGCCAGUGCGUUCCUGCAGAGUGUGUACGAGACGUGCUGGCCUUACGAAAGUCCGGUCCAGUUCGUGCGGGACAACCUGCAGCUGAGCGACGACGGGCUGGUGGCCUUGGACUGGGCGGUGCCAUCCUACCAGAAACGACGCAGGACUUCCAGUCACUCCACCAGUCCGGUGCUGCUCAUCAUCCCAAACUCAUUUGGCAAAAUCACCAGGAAUGUGUUAAAGUUGUGUGAAACAGCUCUGGCUCAUGGGUACCUACCGGUGGUUUUUAACCGUCGCAGUCACAACAACACACCCCUCACCACCGUGAGGCUGCAGCAGUUCGGUGAUCCCGCCGAUCUGCGUGAGGCUGUGCGCUACAUCCGCUACAGACAGCCUGCGGGGAGACUGUACGCCGUGAGUGAGAGCAGCGGCUCAGGCCUCCUCCUCUCCUACCUGGGGGAGUGCGGCUCGUCCAGCUACGUGACGGCAGCCGUCUGCUUGUCUCCGGUGUUCCGCUGCCAGAGCUGGUUUGAGAGUGGGCUGUGCUGGCCGCUGCAGUGGGUGCUGGUGCUCUACCAGAGGAUCUGCCUCAGCAGGUGAGGAACUGUGCUGGCUGAGUCCCUGCACAAAGAUGCUGUGUUUUCCAGCUGCUCCUUGCGUGGACUGGAGGAGUCUUUGUUCUGUCAGACCGGACACGUCAACUCUGUACCAGGUGCGGCGUCUGGGACUAGCAGCAGCAGCAGUGGCUCCAACACUACAGUUAGCUGGGACGUUUACUGGGAACGUAACGAACCGCUCAGAGACGUGGACGAGGUGGCCAUCCCUGUCCUGAGUGUGUGUGCCCAGGAUGACCCGGUCCGUGGUGACACCCAGUCUACCGUACCAAUGGAACUCUUUGAAUCCAACCCACACUUUUUCCUCCUCCUGACUGACCUCGGAGGUCACUGUGGUUUCUCCACCCAGUCUGAAGUCAGCGCCGCCGGUGCAUUCGGUGCCGUUGGUUGUGCAGCGGCACCGAACGGCGCGACACAGAGCAGCGGGACCAACUGGAGCCACAAAGCGCUGCUGGAAUUCUUCAGGGCGACCACAGACUUCUUUGCCGCCGAGGAGCGAGCUAAGCAGCGCGCUGCCCGGAGGAGGGGGCUGGGGGGAGGUGCGUCGGGGAGGAUUUUCCGCCACCGCAGCGUCAGUACGUGCAAAAGAGUGCCGGCGUGUUCCCAUAACAUCCAUGCCAUUUACAACUGGCAGCGUUCCUACACGCGGUAGAGGGGCUUAAUGGAAGUUUAAUGGAGUGACACACUGGGACAUGAAGUGCACAGGCUGUUCUCUGGCUGCGUGACAUGACGGUGUAAUUCUCCCGGUCACUGAGAUGAGGAAGGUAGCAGAUGUCGUGAAGUAGUGAAGUGAUGGCAGACUCUUCAGUCAGCCAUAAAACACUAGACUGAAUUAAAAACACAGCGAGUACCAGGUCCACAUGACGCUGCCGUCGGUUCCAAAGUGUAGCGGUUAGUACGCCUGCCUCGGAAGCAGAGAGCAGAGAGUCCUGGGGUCGAUUCCCAGAGGAAUCACAUGCUUGGCGCCUGCUGGCGGUAGCCUGUUGACACCAGAUUUUGCUGUUAACACAAGAAUUUUUCAAAUUCCAUAUAUAUAUAUAUAUAUAUAUAUAUAUACGUAUAUAUAUAUAUACCUGUCAUCGGAAUGUGCUGGCUCUCUUCACUACCACAGGUUAAAACCCUAACUACUACCCUAGUACUAUUUCUUACUACAGUUAAAAUCAAUAAAAAUUGAAAUAAAUUUGCUUUUCCACUCCCUUCAAUAGCCCAGUACCAGCCGCAGGGCUCGCUCCCCACUUUGGGAACCACCUGCCUAAUGGCAGUGAUCACAAAUAUAAUUUUUAAACAAUAUUGCGCUUUUUUUUUUUUUGUAUCCUAAUUCAAAUCCAAGCUAAAUGUUGAACCUGAAAUUGCGCUCUCACCUUCAAACUAGGCCCACAACAAUGGUAUUUUACCUUGGUCCCCACAUGUAUAGCUGUACAGAAACGCACACCCUCCGUUUUAUUCAGCUACUGUUGUGGCUGUCUACAUCCUACAGUGGUGUAUUUGUAUAUUUGUACCAGGUUAUUUAAGGUGUUGUUUCCUGUUUCCUGUUGUUGUUGUUUUCUCACUGAAUUAUAUUUACUUUAAAGCAAAAACUACCAGUAUUUUUGUGAUGACGAUAUUAGAAAAAAAACACACGUUUUCAAUUUCCUUGAGAUCGAUUUAGGAAAAGUAGUAAUAUCUCCAAUAUAUGGGUCUCGUGAAUAAAAUAGUGAAGAUAGUUUAAAGGAUGUGUCGUCUAAAGUGCUAUGAUCAGCUGAUAGUUCAGAGAAUCUACUGGUUUGUUAUUCCAGUUCAGUCACAGGGGGAGUUGGUGUUUUUUUUUUCUUUUUUUUUGUUUUGCUCAUUUUUAUUUAUAAAUCCACAGUUUUGUUUCAAAUACACUGACCAACUACAGAGGUACAGUUUCAGUUCAGCUUCUGUCAUUUGAUUGCGUUAAAUAUCACACAUGGGGCUUGACGUUCAGAUAAAUUCAUGUAAAUAAUAAUUGAAGUAAAACAGUUACAUAUUUAAAUUAUGGGGUUUUUUUUAUUUUAUAAACUUCCUUAGUCAUGUGAAUUUUAAAGGAAGAAUUUAGAAUUAAUAUUGGGCAAAAACAUAAUAAAAGUAAUGCCUAAUAAG